ACAUAACAAAUCAGCUGGUAUUAAGCGGGCGGAAGCCAAGUAUGAGCAAUGUGUAACAUGUAGGUAGUUGAUCAACUGAGAAGGUAGAUCGUACACAUAUACUGGCACACGUAAAAAUACACGCUGUUGCAGUCAGCUGUCGGAUAAUAUGAGCGAAUAGGUCAUAACGUUGUGAUAACACCAUGAAGCUUUACAUCAGAUGCAGAGCACUAUGCGCCGUGUGGUGUGCAAUAGAGAUUCUUUUCUUCGGAGGAAUUAUAUACGGCUGGGGAUCGUUAGUUUUUGUUUUAAAAGAGGAAGGAUUUUAUUACGAGGAAUGUGUAAGUGUCACAGCACCUGGUGAGCUGACCUAUAACAACACUAGGUCCAUUACGACCCCAGUAAGUAUUCAACUAAAAGAUACUUUCUUGACACCUGUUGCGGAUGGCGACACGUCAGACCCGCGACCGAAAUCGGACGAUGGUUAUGAAAAAUCUCCGAGUCAACUGGACAGUAACCAGGACAACGGGGCGGUUUCAGAGCCAGGACAACCAUCCCAUACAUGUCCUCAACAGGAAUCUAAGUUAAAUCUAUGGUUCUCUGUGGCGGUUGCAUUCAUGUAUUUAUCGAUGGCGUUCCUUGGGGAACUAACCACCCGCCUGGGAACACAGAUUACUCGACAUAUCUUCACAUUCAUGUUCGUAUUUGGAGCUUUGUGUGUGGCGUUCGCGACGAAAGACAUACCCUGGCUGCUGUGUCCGGGUCUGUGUAGCAUUGCUGUUUCCGGUUUGGUCAUAUUUGCCACAAACAUACAGGUGGCAAACUUGUUCCCGCGCUUACAGUCAACUGUGGUGGCACUAUACUGUGGCCUGUUCGACUCUUCUUCCGUCAUACAACACAUGAUGAAGAUCGCCUAUGAGAAUGGCGUGUCCCGUCGGAUAUUUUACAUUUGCCUGGCUGGUUUCGCCCUCGUCAUGCUGAGUAUCAGUACUAUCCUCUUCUUGCCAAAGUCAUACAUCACCAAGCAGAAGAUUCGCCGGAAGUCGUGCGAACUGGAGAUCAAGAGCGGCAGACUAUUGCCUGAGUUGAAAGGCCUGAAGGAUCAGAGGGAAACGGAUGAGACAUCUUUACGCACGUGCAUAUGGUCAGUUACGUACUUGAUGCACGUGGCUUGGAUGAGCAUUAACACUGUGACGUUCGUCACUUUCAUAGGUCUGAUCAACGUGAAUCUCGAACAGUUGUCUGACAAGAAACAAGUUGUAAGUAAGUACUUAGGGGUAUUCGCCUACACGACCAUGUGCACGGUAGUUGCAGGAAUAUUGGCAGGAAUGAGUUACGACUGUCAACGUAAACGAUAUUACGAUUAUCCGUCACCAGCCAGAGUUUGGCGUCCGGUCCUGUUACCAAUGACAACCACGAGUAUCCUAGGAACCCUGGUGUACGUGCUACUCCUGGUGGGGUCUCUCACCGUCAUGGUGCCCAUAUUUGUCCUAUUCACAUUCUAUCGUUCAUUCCUCUACUCGAUAGGAGUGGCCUUCGUCAAUGACGCGUUUCCAGAGCAACACUUCGGUGCCCUAUAUGGUAUAAUGACAUUUUCUACUGGACUUUUCAGUAUGCUUCAAUAUGGCUUCUUCUCCUGGUUCGACUCGUAUCAGGACGCAAAUAUUCACGUGACGAUUUUCUUACUUUUUCUGUGUGUAUCGACGUUUAUACACCCUGUACAGUUAGGGAUACGAAGUCGUCAAACGGACAACACAGAUCACUCGAAUAUAGAGCAGACCUUCCUGCCGCCGGACACUCUGGAAUCUGACAGGAAACUAUAAUAAUAAGUGGUGUCGCAAACAUGUAUCGAUAUAACCAGUGUAUGAAUGUGUAUUAUAAAAAAAAACAGUAAUACAACACACAACAUGAAAGCAUUACUUAAAAUAGCGACACUUGACGUAGCCUUGACGCUUGGCUGGGAAUGGCACCUGUGUGACGACAUCUUGGCUGGGAAUGGCACCUGUGUGACGACAUCUUGGUUGGGGAUGACACCUGACUGUCUGACAACACUAUGCUGGGGACGAUACCUGAUUGCCUGACAACACUUGACUGGGGACUACACCUGAUUGCCUGACAACACUUGACUGGGGACAACACCUGAUUGCCUGACAACACUUGACUGGGGACAACACCUGAUUGCCUGACAACACUUGACUGGGGACAACACCUGAUUGUCUGACAACACUUGACUGGGGACAACACCUGAUUGUCUGACAACACUUGACUGGGGACAACACCUGAUUGCCUGACAACACUUGACUGGGGACAACACCUGAUUGCCUGACAACACUUGACUGGGGACAACACCUGAUUGUCUGACAACACUUGACUGGGGACAACACCUGAUUGUCUGACAACACUUGACUGGGGACAACACCUGAUUGACUAACAACACUUAGGUGGGGACAACACCUGAUUGUCUGACAACACUUGACUGGGGACAACACCUGAUUGUCUGACAACACUUGACUGGGGACAACACCUGAUUGACUAACAACACUUAGGUGGGGACGACACCUGAAUAUAUUACGACAUAUUGCUGAGUAACGACACCUGGCUGUGUGAUGGCAUAUUGACAACUGGAGUGACGUCACCUAAGUUGAGUGACGACGCCUGACUGUGUGAUGACACCUGGUGAGUGACGACACCUGACUGCGUGACAACACCAGGAUCAGUGACGACUCUUCGCUGAGUGAAGAUGCCUGGUUUAGUGACGACAUCUGGUUGAGUGACGUCACCUGUUUGAGUGAUGACACCUGGAUUAGUAACGACACCUGGAUUAGUGACGACACUUGGCUGAGUGAAGAUUCCCGGUUUAGCGACGACAUCUGGUUGAGUGACGUCACCUGGUUGAGUGACGACAACAGACUGCGUGACGACACCUGGAUCAGUGACGGCACUUGGCUGAGUGAAGAUGCCUGGUUUAGUAAUGACACCUGAGUGACGACACCUGAGUGGGUGACGACAACUUGUUUGCUGACUGAGUAAUCAUUAAAUUCCGUCCCGAUUAACCCCCAAGAAAAAAACAGAUACACCAGCUUAUGUUUAUACUCUAAUUUGCUCAAACUGAAUGCAAAAUUAUGUGUAACCUGUGUGUUAUGAACGUGUCUGUAAACAUUUAUGUUAAGUCUGAUUAAGUUUGAGAUGGAAAUAUUUAGAGAAUGAUAUAGAGUACAGACCACCGCCACCACCCCCUACCCCCACCCCCCAGCCCCCAACCCCCACCCCCCAACCCCCACCCCCAACCCCCAACCCUCACCACGAAAUUAAGAAAACAGUAUCAACUUACUUCAUUUAAAUGGCACAUGGCAUAUAAUUUCGCUGCUCAGGGACUUUGAUUCAAUUUUCCUGAUGUGUUUCAAUAUAUAGCAUCAUUUAUGUUUGUGUGUCACUCUCUAUAAGCUUUCUUACUCGGGACGAAGUUAACAGGCACUACAAGUUCACGUAAUGUAACUUUCUUUGCUUGUCUCCACACUUCCUGUUACAUUUCUUCGCUUGUCUCCACAAUUCCUGUAACUUUGGUUCGCUUGUCUCCACACUUCUUGUAACUUUGGUUCGCUUGUCUCCACACUUCCUGUUAAUUUUCGUCAUUUCAGUUCAGAUAGGCUAAAGGUAUUCAUACGCAUCAGUUUCGUUGUAAAUAUGUUUGGAGAACGGUCGGAUGAUGAUGAUGAUGAUGAUGAUGAUGAUGAUGAUGAUGAUGAUGAUGAUGAUGAUGAAGGUUUCUCGUCUCCGUGACUCUGCCCGUCGCCGGGCAUUGUCGAUUCUCUGGCGAUGUGCAGAGUUAUCGGACUUACUUUAGUGUAUAUGUACACGAUUAAGCUCAAUACCGAUCACUUCCGAGGAACUGCCAUUAAGUCAUCUGUAACGGUUCAGUCUUGAUUUGUGUAUCUUUUCAAUGUCAGUUGGUUGAAAGUUUUAACCGGACCGUAAAUUUCAGCUAGUAUGACUUGGAGAUUUAAUCUAUUUCUGUCCGCCAUUUUUUGUGAGGUUUUCUUUGAGUUUACAAAUACCAAAGUAAAACAGUUUCACAUAUGCUAUUAUUUUAUCUCUGGUACUGAACAUUGUGCAAUUUGCUUUGGAAAUUAUGGCCUGAUGAUGGACAUGUAUGUAGAUAACUAAUAGAUUGGACCAUAAAAUAUAAUGUGAUAUGUUGUGAUAACGUUUAAUUUUCUCAAACUGUUUAGGUUACCGAUCUGCUAAAAAAUGUGUCAGUUUUAGCUAUCUGUUUCUGAUUUUUGUUAUCGAAUUAGGCUAAAAUGUAGUAGAGACACUGUCAGUAUCAUCAGUACACAAAAUAGACUGAGAUGUGGUAGACGCUGUCUGUGUCAUCAUUAUGUAAAUGAGACUGAGAUGUGGUAGACGCUGUCUGUGUCAUCAUUAUGUAAAUGAGACUACGAUGUGGUAGACGCUGUCUGUGUCAUGAUUAUGUACCAUAGAAUCUAACACACGGGGUAAUAUAUACUUAUACCAUAGAGUCUAACACACGGGGUAAUAUAUACAUGUACCAUAGAGUCUAACACACGGGGUAAUAUAUACAUGUACCAUAGAGUCUAACACACGGGGGUAAUAUAUACAUGUACCAUAGAGUCUAACACACGGGGGUAAUAUAUACAUUUACCAUAGAGUCUAACACACGGGGGUAAUAUAUACAUGUAUCAUAGAGUCUAACACACGGGGUUAAUAUAUACAUGUACCAUAGAGUCUAACACGGGGGUAAUGUACCAUAGAGUCUAACACACGGGGGUAAUAUAUACAUGUACCAUAGAGUCUAACACUCGGGGUAAUAUAUACAUGUACCAUAGAGUCUAACACACGGGGUAAUAUAUACAUGUACCAUAGAGUCUAACACACGGGGGUAAUAUAUACAUGUACCAUAGAGUCUAACACACGGGGGUAAUAUAUACAUGUACCAUAGAGUCUAACACACGGGGUAAUAUAUACAUGUACCAUAGAGUCUAACACACGGGGGUAAUAUAUACAUUUACCAUA